GAGGGCUGGGUCCCGUUCCAGGAGCGACGCCAGUGCUAGCACGGGGCUUCUGCGACGCGAGCGCCGGCCAGUACCGCUGCCUGUUCCUAGCACUCGGUCCGCUGUGGGCAGUCCAUUCCAACAGUUUUACUUUUCUUGAGCAGAGGGUGAGCAUAAACAAGCCGCCAUCAUGGAUGCCAUCAAGAAGAAGAUGCAGGCGAUGAAGAUGGAGAAGGACAGCGCCAUGGACAAGGCCGACACCUGUGAGGGACAGGCCAAGGAGGCGAACCUCAAGGCCGAUAAGAUCCUUGAAGACGUGAGAGACCUGGAGAAGAGGCGAGCUCAGCUGGAGCAGGACUCGGAGACCACCAAGAAGAACUUGGAGCAAGCUAACAAGGACCUCGAGGCAAAAGAAAAGGCUCUGCAGGCCGCCGAGAGCGAGAUGGCAGCACUGAACAGGAAGGUGCAGCUCAUUGAAGAGGAUCUGGAACGGUCUGAGGAGAGAUCAGGCACUGCGCUCACCAAACUGCACGAAGCCUCAGAGGCAGCUGAUGAGGCCAGCCGAAUGUGCAAGGUGUUUGAGAACCGGAGCCUACAGGAUGAGGAGAGGAUGGACCAGCUGACAAACCAGCUCAAGGAGGCUCGACUGCUCGCUGAGGACGCUGACGGCAAGUCAGAUGAGGUGACUCAGAAGCUGGCCAACGUUGAAGACGAGCUGGAAGUGGCUGAAGAUCGAGUGAAGACCGGAGAAUCGAAGAUCAUGGAACUUGAGGAAGAGUUGAAGGUUGUGGGCAACAGCUUGAAAUCUUUGGAAGUGUCCGAAGAAAAGGCCAACCAGAGAGUUGAAGAGUACAAACGCCAGAUAAAGAGCCUGACUGUUAAGCUAAAGGAGGCUGAGGCGCGGGCAGAAUUCGCCGAGAAAUCCGUGAAGAAGCUGCAGAAGGAGGUCGACAGGCUUGAAGACGAACUGGGUAUCAAUAAGGACAGAUACAAGUCACUGGCCGAUGAAAUGGAUUCCACCUUCGCAGAACUGGCUGGUUAUUAAUCAUAUACAUUACAUGAAACGGCAGGCAUAUUGGACGCGAAUUCUUACCCGAGUGACGUCAUAAUAUGGCAGUUUUGUAGACUUUUCAUAUUCACGAAAUUCGGCUUCCAUAUCACACGUUUAUCUCCUUCUAAGAAUAUAUUUAAUAUUUAUCAUAGAAAUAAAUUUUGUUAAAUAUUUUGAAAUUCGAAAUGACGAGGAAGUUUGAAUUUCAAAUAUUUGAAAAAUAAAUUUAUCAAUACUUGACCCUUAUUGACAACACUAACAUGUAUGCAUAUCAUCUUUCAUUCAUAUGCACAAAUGUGGGUAUUCUUACAAGAUAAUUAAUAUGUUAUAAUAAAUUUAUUUUAAGUGAAUGAUAGAUAAAGUGUUAUGUAUACAAAUUAUUACCUGUUGAAGUGAUAGAAAAUUUUGCGUGUUUUUCGCCACUCACUCGUCUCAAGUUUUGUUUGGUGGUAAGAAGGUGUGUUCUUCUCACUUGUAAAAAUUAGUUUCUGCAGGAAAUUUAUUAAUGUGAGGUUUGUACGAAAGUGAAUAAACUCUAUAUUCGCUCGAUA